CUCCGCCGCGACCGUGUCUACUGGUGGCCACAGGACGCGUUCCCCUACCUCCAACCGCCACCUCCCUUCUCUAUCUACGCUCUCAACCGACCGUGUUUUAGCCAGGCGAGUCAUGGCUGUGCAGCUGAAUGCGCCUGUGUUCAACCGACGCCUCAAACAAGUCCUCGACGCGUGGAAUAAUGCAAGCAAUGAGAGCGACUACAGCACACUAGCAGACGUGGACGCUAUAUUUUUACCUGCGGGCGAUCCUAACCCGGAGGAUGAGCCGAUUCGGAAGGGUGUUGCGUUCCAGACUUGGUUCUUGGGUUACGAAUUCCCCUCGACGUUCAUGCUCUUCUUCAAAGACCGGAUUUGUAUACUUUGUUCGGCGUCCAAAGCUAAGAUCUUGUCCCAACUCAAAAACUCUGGCGCUCCGGUAGCCAUAGACAUCUUCGUGCAAGCAAAAGCGAAGGACCCCCCUACGGACGCCCUGUCGCGCUUCCUUGAGGCUUACAUAUCCAACACGCGCGUCGGCACGUUGACGAAGGAGGCGCGGUCUGGGAAGUUGAUAGACCAAUGGACGAAGGCACUAGAUGCAGCGGAUAAGAAACCGGCGCUUGCUGAAAUUGCGCCCGCCGUGUCUUCCUUCCUCGCGGUCAAGGAUGAUGACGAGCUAAAAGUCGUGCGAACUGCAGCCAACCUCACGUCGACGUUGUUGACAUAUUACGCAGUCACGAAGCUCGAGACUAUCCUGGACAAGGAGUCUAAGAUCAGUCAUGAGGCGUUCGCUCAACUGAUCGAGACACGGUUGGGCUAUGGCGAGGGUGACAACGCCAAAGGACCAGACACCAAAGUAUGGAGCAAGGGCAAGGGGCUUACCGACGUAGACUGGGCUUCAACAGAGUUCUGCUACACCCCUAUCAUCCAGUCACAGACAACGAGCAGUGGCUAUGACCUUAGCCCAGCCGCGGAUUCAUCUUCGGACGACAUCGCGCACAAGGGCGUGUUCCUGAUGAGCCUCGGCAUGCGUUACAGGAACUACUGUGCUAACGUUGGCCGGAGCUUCAUCGUAGACCCCUCGAAGGAACAAGAAUCAAUCUACGCCCUUUUGCUCUCAUUGCAAUCUGAGAUGCUGGGCAAGCUCAAGGACGGUGUUGUUGGACGUGAGGUGUAUCAGCAUGCGUUGCAGUAUGUUCGUGAUAAGAAACCUGAGUUGGAAAGGCACUUUGCGAAGAAUGUGGGGCAUGGGAUCGGUAUGGAGUUUCGUGAUUCGCAGUAUAUGCUUUCCGCCAAAAACACACGCAAACUGCACGCCGGCAUGGUUUUCAAUCUCGUGCUGGGCUUCACUGACCUUGAGCACGAUGGCAAAAAGUACGCUUUGCAGCUCGUUGAUACCGUCCAGGUCUCCAACGAGAAGGCGAUCUGUCUGACAUCUGGCGUCAAGUCAAUCAAGGACACUAUGUUCUUCCUCAACCAAGACGACGAGGAUGACGUCAAGUCUGCGCCUGCGCCGGCAAAGAAGAAGGCCCCUGCCACGAAGGCGAACGGGAACGCGUCUCCGGCGAAGAACAAGAUGGCCGGCGGAAAGGUACUCCGUAACAAGACACGAGGGGCAGCGCAGGAGGAGGCUAUCCAAACCGCUGCUGCAAAGAUUGCAGAGCACCAGAGGGAACUACAUCAGCGUCUGCAGGGGGAUGGUUUGACGAAGUAUUCGGAGGGUGGCGGAGGAACUGGACGUAAUGAGGGUAAAGGAUGGAAGCGCUUUCAAAGUUACAAGGGCGAGGCGGCUCUGCCGAAGGAGGCAGAAAGCCUACGGAUCUUUGUGGACCGGAAAGCGCAGACCAUCAUUCUCCCUAUCCACGGAUUUGCUGUGCCGUUCCACAUCAAUACUAUCAAGAACGUCAGCAAGAACGAGGAAGGUGACUUCACCUAUUUGCGGGUGAACUUCCAGACACCAGGUCAGCUCGCGGGAAAGAAGGAAGAUACACCGUUCGAGGACCCGGACGCCACCUUCAUUCGUUCUGUCACGUAUCGGUCCGCAGAUGGACACCGUUUCGAUACGCUUUCAAAGCAGAUCACCGACCUCAAGAAGGAGGUCAACAAGCGCGAGCAGCAGAAGAAGGAAAUGGCCGACGUCAUUGAGCAGGAGUCUCUCGUCGAGAUGAAAGGCCGUCGACCCACGAAGCUGCCAGAAGUGUUCAUUCGACCUGCGCUGGAUGGCAAGCGACUGCCGGGUGAGGUCGAAAUUCAUCAGAACGGUCUGAGAUACCAGUCGCCGAUGGGGUCUCAGAAAGUUGACAUUCUCUUCAGCAACGUCAAACAUCUCUUCUUCCAGCCUUGCGAUCACGAACUCCUUGUGAUCAUCCACAUUCACCUCAAGGCUCCCAUCAUCAUUGGUAAGAAGAAGGCUCAUGACGUGCAGUUCUUCCGGGAGGCGUCAGAUGUGCAGUUCGACGAGACUGGUAACCGGAAGCGGAAGUACCGUUACGGCGACGAGGAUGAGCUCGAGCUCGAGCAGCAGGAACGAAAGCGGAGGCAGAUGGUGAACAAGGAAUUCCGCUCGUUCUCGGAGAAGAUCGCAGAGGCGGCGACAGCAUCGACCGGGGAUACACUCGAACCGGAUAUUCCCUUCCGCGAGCUCUCCUUCGAAGGUGUGCCGUUCCGUACGAAUGUGCGGCUGCAGCCGACAACGGAGUGCCUUGUCCACCUCUCUGAUCCACCUUUCCUUGUCGUUACACUCGCCGACAUCGAGAUUGCAUCUUUGGAGCGUGUCCAAUUCGGACUCAAGCAGUUCGAUAUGGUACUCAUCUUCAGGGACUUCACCAAAACACCUCUGCACAUCAACUCUAUACCAAGCUCGCAACUCGAUGACGUGAAGCAGUGGCUCGACUCCGUUGACAUCCCUCUAAGCGAGGGCCCGGUCAACCUGAACUGGGGUCCUAUCAUGAAGACCAUCAACGAAGAUCCGUACGAGUUCUUCCAGCAGGGUGGUUGGAGCUUCCUGGGCGGUGCGGGAGGUAGGGAAGAGAGCGACGCUGACGAGAUGUCAGACUCAGAGUCAGAGUUCGAGGCUGAGGAUGAACAGUCGGAGAGCUCUGCGGGUGAAGAAAGCGCCUAUUCUGAAGACGGCUCUGACGCUAGCGACGACGAGGGUAGCGGUUCUGAUUUCGGCUCGGAUGAGAGCGAGGGCGACGACUGGGAUGAGCUGGAAAAGAAGGCCGCUAGAGCGGACAAGAAGCAAGCCGACGUACGCAGAGUCAAUGGCGAUGAAUCUGACGUGGACGAGCGUCCGAAAGCGAAGUCCAAGCCGAAGGCGAAGGCAAAUGGCAACGCGAAGAACAAGAAGCGAUGAACACAUUCUGGCUUUUUCGUCUGCCUUCUGGUCGUGCUGUCCAUUUGCCUGUCUUGCAUCUAUUACUUGUGUCUACUUAGUACCGUACGUCGCAUGGAAGUUCCAUCAUAUGCAGAUUAUGACAUUGGUGCACUAUGCAUUCAAGCUUUGAGCCGCUGAA